AUGGAGGGCGCGGCGCAUGCCAUUGUGAGCAAUAUUGGGCAGCUGGUGGGGGAGGAGUUUCAGCAGCUCCGCGGCGUGGGCGGCGAGGUGGCUCGGCUGAGGGACGAGCUUGCCACCAUGAACGCCCUCCUCCGCAUGCAGGCUGAAACCGAGGAGGAUACGGUGGACCACUUUGUCCGGGAGUGGCUGAAGCAGCUCCGGGAGGUGGGCUACGACGCCCAGGACUGCGUCGAUCUCUAUUUGUUCCGCGCGAGGACCAGGUCCGGCGACCGCCUCAUCGUCGGGUGCAAGCGACGGAUUAAGACGCUUUGGUGUCGCCAUUACCUCGCCGCUGAUAUCAGGGCCCUCCGCGCCCAUGCUGCCGCCAUCAACGAGCAACAUGCUCGUUAUGGCGUCAGCCUCGAGUCACUGCGCCGUCCUCCUUCCAAUAUGCCAACGGUCCGGGCGUCGGCGCAUGUGUUCCACCUCCACCAUGCCGACGACCCUCACAGGUUCGUCGGCAUCAAGGAACAGGCCAGUGGCCUGGAGGAUAAGGUGAAGGCGGCGAGCGACACCACUGAUGUCAAGGUAUUCUCCAUUGUGGGGUUCGGUGGGCUCGGAAAGACCACGCUGGUCAUGGAGGUGUGCCGGCAGCUGGAAGCCGACUUCGAGCGCCAAGCACAAGUGUCCGUGUCCCAGGUGCUCGACCUCAAGGUACUCCUCAGGGACGUGCUGCAUCAGAUCGUCAAGCUGAAAGCUGCAGAUCGUGCAGAAACUGUCAACCAGCCCCUUGCUGGCAUCGACAGCAUGAACAUUGAACAGCUCCGCAAAAAUAUCCACUCGAUUCUUACCAAGAAGAGAUUUGAAGUAACUAAUUGA